CCCAGGCGCUGCCGGCAGCCCGCGGCGAGCACCCGCAGAGCUCCGCGCGGGCCGGGCCGCCGCAGCUCGUGGGGUCGCUCGGCAGGCGGCUGCUCCCGCAACGCAGUGCUGGGCUUGGCUCCCCGCAGGCAGCCAUGAGCGACCGAAAGGCGGUGAUCAAGAACGCGGACAUGUCGGAGGAGAUGCAGCAGGACUCGGUGGAGUGCGCCACGCAGGCGCUGGAGAAGUACAACAUCGAGAAGGACAUCGCCGCGCACAUCAAGAAGGUGAGCUCCGCUUCUGGGCUCCGCGGGCACGAGGAGCCGGGCAGGGUGAAUGCAGCUGGGCAAGGAGCUGACCUGUCCCUGGGACUGAUGUGCCUGGACAGAACACUGGCUCCAUUGAGCCUAUUGAGCAGCGCUGGCUUGCUGACCUCGUCACUUUUUUUUUCCCCAUCCCACCACAUUUCAGACAAACUGUUCGCACUAAUGCAGAACAGAUGGUUCGUCACUUACUGCUUGUCAGCUCUUCUCUGGCUCCUACUUGGAGCCAGAUUGAGCUGUAAGUUCAAGCUGCAAGAUCGAGAUGAGCAGAAUGCAAACGUGCAUGGUCUCACAAAAAAGUCUCUUCAUCUCGGGGCUGUGGGACACUACAAUACCUAGGCACUGGCUGUAAGCUUCUGUUUGUACUAGCCUUGUAGGUAUGGGUUUAUCUGAAACUCAGAGCGGUCUCCCAGGUACGAUGGGUAGAAGGAAUAUUCUCAUGACAUGAUAUUAAGGAUGCAGCAGAGAAUUUUCCAUUAAGAGUCCUUUCAGCAUCCUUUUUAAGGCUAACUAGUGAAGAUAAAUUAAUGGCUUAAUUUCUAUAGACUUAGAACAAAGUUCUUUAAAGUUACCCUUUGAAAUUGUGGUAUGAGUUUUGCAGAAAAGUUAUUUUCCCUGAACAUACACAUUUUAAACUUAUUUCUGCUGUGUUAGGAAGCUUUUUUUUUUUUUUUUUGGUAAGCAGCAGAAAGUACUAAGACAACAGAUGAUCCCUGCACUUAAGAGCAUAUGCUGCUCCUUAAUUGCUUUCUUCAGAGAGGGAUACUUGCUAACAAGUUACGUAUCAGUGCCAAAAUAACUGUUAGUACAAGCAGUGCUAAAUUCCGGG